AUGCUUGAGGGUGCGGAGCUGUACUUCAACGUGGACCAUGGCUACCUGGAGGGCCUGGUUCGAGGCUGCAAAGCCAGCCUCCUCACCCAGCAGGACUACCUCAACCUGGUCCAAUGCGAGACUCUAGAACAUUUGAAAAUUCAUCUCCAGACCACUGAUUAUGGCAACUUCUUGAACAAUCAAACAAAUCCUCUUACUGUUUCCAAAAUUGACACCGAGAUGAGGCGGAAGCUGUGCAGAGAGUUUGACUAUUUCCGGAACCAUUCCCUGGAGCCACUCAGCACCUUUUUCACCUACAUGACGUGCAGUUACAUGAUCGACAAUGUGAUCCUACUGAUGAAUGGUGCAUUGCAAAAAAAAUCCGUGAAGGAAAUUCUGGUGAAGUGCCAUCCACUGGGCCGGUUCACAGAAAUGGAAGCAGUGAACAUUGCAGAGACAACUUCGGAUCUCUUUAAUGCUGUACUGGUGGAAACACCGCUAGCUCCAUUCUUUCAAGACUGUAUGUCUGAAAAUACUCUAGAUGAGCUGAAUAUUGAAUUACUGCGCAACAAACUGUAUAAGUCCUAUCUUGAAGCAUUCUAUAAAUUCUGUAAGAAUCAUGGUGAUGUCACGGCAGAAAUUAUGUGUCCCAUUCUUGAGUUUGAGGCCGACAGACGUGCUUUUAUUAUCACUCUUAACUCCUUUGGCACUGAAUUGAGCAAGGAAGACCGGGAGACCCUCUAUCCGACCUGUGGCAAGCUUUAUCCUGAGGGACUGCGCCUCUUGGCUCAAGCGGAAGACUUUGACCAGAUGAAGAGAGUAGCAGAACAUUACGGAGUAUACAAGCCAUUGUUUGAUGCUGUAGGUGGCACUGGGGGAAAGACAUUGGAGGAUGUGUUUUAUGAACGUGAGGUACAAAUGAAUGUGCUGGCAUUCAACAGGCAAUUCCACUAUGGUGUGUUUUAUGCAUAUGUAAAGCUGAAGGAACAAGAAAUGAGAAAUAUUGUAUGGAUAGCAGAAUGCAUCUCACAGAGACAUCGAACUAAAAUCAACAGUUAUAUUCCAAUUUUGUAA